AUGGCAAAUUACGCUUUUGAAGAUGCAAAACUGAUUGAUUUAAUACAAGGGCCUAAUGUAUACGUUCAACACAUCAUAUCACUUUGUCUCCGUGGAUCAAUUUUAUCACAGCUCAAAGGGUUGUUUCCCGCAGUGCUGAACCUGGCUACUAAUGCUCUCAUCACAACCAAUGCUACCUGUGGAGAAAAGGGUCGGGAAAUGUACUGCAAACUUGUUGAACAUGUACCUGGACAGCCUGCAAGGAACCCUCAGUGCCGUAUUUGUGAUCAAAGGAGCAGGGUUCCCCAUCAACGACAUCCGAUAACAAAUGCAAUUGAUGGCAAGAACACUUGGUGGCAAAGCCCUAGUAUCCAGAAUGGAAUUGAAUAUCAUUAUGUGACCAUUACGUUGGACCUCCAACAGAUUUUCCAGAUUGCGUAUGUUAUUGUGAAAGCAGCUAACUCGCCUCGACCUGGGAACUGGAUAUUAGAACGUUCGCUGGAUGGUGUAGACUAUCAACCGUGGCAGUAUUAUGCUAUCACAGACAGUGAGUGCCUGACACGCUACAACAUCCAUCCCCGUCCUGGAACUCCAUCCUAUAUAAAAGAUGAUGAAGUCAUAUGCACUUCUUAUUAUUCCAAAAUCCACCCCCUGGAGAAUGGAGAGAUUCACACUUCUCUAAUUAACGGACGGCCUAGUGCUGAUGAUCCUUCACGUGUAUUGCUAGAAUUCACCUCUGCUCGCUUUAUUCGCCUGAGAUUUCAGAGAAUACGGACACUAAAUGCUGACUUAAUGAUGUUUGCACACAAAGAUCCAAAUGAAAUUGAUCCCAUUGUUACAAGGAGGUAUUACUAUUCUAUAAAAGAUAUCUCUGUUGGAGGCAUGUGUAUAUGUUCAGGCCAUGCGAAGGCUUGUCCACUGGAUCCAGCGACCAAUAAAUCCAUCUGUCAGUGUGAGCACAACACAUGCGGAGAGACAUGUGAUCGUUGUUGUCCUGGUUUCAAUCAAAAGCCUUGGCAUGCUGGCACUUUCCUGGUUAAGCAUGAAUGUGAACCAUGCAACUGUCAUGGGAAGACUGAGGAGUGUUACUAUGAUCAGGAUGUUGCAGACAGAAACCAGAGUUUGAAUGUCCAUGGAGAAUACAUCGGGGGCGGAGUGUGUGUGAAUUGUACAAGCCACACCGGUGGCAUAAACUGCGAGACGUGCAUCGACGGCUACUUCAGACCUGAAGGGGUAUUGCCAGAUAGCCCAGAUCCCUGCCAGCCGUGUUCCUGUGAUCCAAAUGGGUCUUUACACGAUACCUGCGUCAAAGAUGAGAAACAUGCAGAAGGAGAAAUGUUGCCUGGUUUCUGUCACUGCAAGACUGGCUAUGCAGGAGAGAGCUGCAACAGAUGUGCCUUGGGUUAUACCGGGUAUCCUGAGUGCCUGCCCUGCAACUGCUCACUGGAAGGCAGUGCGAAUGCUGACCCUUGCAUAGGUCCCUGCAUCUGCAAGGAACAUGUUGAAGGAGAAAACUGUGAUCGUUGCAAAGCAGGUUUCUUCAAUCUACAGCAAAAUAAUCCCAAAGGCUGUGAGGAAUGUUUCUGCUCUGGGAAAACAAACGUCUGCACGCACUCUCACCUUACUUACAGAAAUAUAGAAGACAUGAAUGGCUGGUAUCUGACUGACUUACUGGGUCUCAUCAGAGUCACCCCCAAGCAAAAGAGAUUUGAUGGGCAUCAGCAGUUUAGCAUCAGCAAUGUGGCUGCGCGAAAAGUACUGCCACAGACUUAUUAUUGGAGUGCACCCAGUUCUUACUUGGGCAACAAAGUAGCAGUGGCUGGAGGAUAUCUGAAAUUUACAGUCUUCUAUGACUUCACAGAGGAAGAAGAGACAGUUCAAUUGAUGGUUCAAUCUGAUGUCAUCAUAGAGGGAGGUGACUUGAGAAUCAGCACUCCAAAAGAGGGGAUUCACCUGCAGCCUUCUGAAGAGCACACUGAAGAAAUUGUGCUGAAACCAGAAUCUUUCUUUGUAUAUGGCACUGAUGUUCCAGUCAGCAGGAGGGAGUUCAUGACUAUCCUUGCAAAUGUGAAGAGGAUCCUCUUAAGAGCCACGUACAGCUAUGGGAUGAAUGCCAUCUACAGACUAAGAAGCGUUAGCAUUGAAGCUGCUGACCACACUUCAACUGGGACAAAGGUGGCGUCUGCAGUGGAGUUAUGUGACUGUCCCCCAGGGUAUGGUGGUACCUCGUGUGAGUCUUGCUGGCCUCGACAUCGGCGUGUGAAUGGCACAAUUUUUGGUGGAGUCUGUGCACCAUGUACAUGCUUUGGUCAUGCAGAAUUGUGUGAUGAUAUCACAGGGGAAUGCCUGGACUGCAAGCACAACACAGGUGGUUCAUAUUGUGAUCGAUGUCUUCCUGGCUUCUAUGGUGAUCCUACUAAAGGGACAGCUGAAGACUGUCAGUUGUGUGCCUGCCCCCUAAAUAUACCUUCUAACAACUUUAGCCCGACAUGCCAUUUUGACCGAAGUCGUGGAUUAAUAUGUGAUGAAUGCCCAGCUGGGUACGUGGGACCACGCUGUGAAAGGUGUUCAGAAGGCUAUUUUGGACAACCUCUGAUACCAGGGGGAUCGUGCCAGCUAUGCCAGUGUAAUGACAACCUUGACUUCUCCGUUCCUGGCAGCUGUGACAGCUUGUCUGGUGCUUGCCUGAUAUGUAAGCCAGGUACAACAGGCCAAUACUGUGAGAGGUGUGCUGAUGGAUAUUUUGGCGAUGCUCUUCAUGCAAGGAACUGUCAACCCUGUAACUGUCACAUCAACGGCUCCUUCUCAGAGAUCUGUGACUCUCGGACAGGCCAGUGUGAGUGUAAAGCCAAUGUGAUUGGGCGCCGGUGCGACGUCUGCCAGCCUGAAACAUUUGGCUUGCAGUCUUCAAGAGGAUGUGUUCCCUGCAACUGCAACUCUUUUGGUUCCAAGUCCUUCGACUGCGAUGGAGAUGGACAGUGUUAUUGCCAGCCUGGAGUGACAGGAAAAAAGUGUGACCGCUGUGCUCAUGGAUUUUACAACUUUGAAGAAGGAGGCUGUACUCCCUGUGAGUGUUCGCAUUUCGGUAAUAACUGCGAUCCCACCAGUGGCCGCUGUAUCUGCCCUCCCAAUACAGUUGGAGAGAUGUGUGACAAAUGUGCAACAAAUUACUGGGGCCAUGACCUUGUCAGUGGCUGCAAGCCCUGUGACUGCAGCCUCAUUGGAGCCCUGAGUUCUCAGUGUGACUUAAAUACAGGCUGUUGCUUCUGCCGCCCUGAAUUCUCUGGGGAUAAAUGCACUGAGUGCAGGUUGGGUUACUGGAAUUAUCCGCGAUGUGUUGCUUGUCAGUGCUUCCUGGCAGGGACCGAUCCACAGAGCUGUGAUACAGAGCUGGGGAAGUGCUCGUGCAUUGAUCAUACUGGCCAAUGCAGCUGCAAGGUCAAUGUGGAAGGUGUCCACUGUGACAGGUGCAAGUCUGGUACAUUUGGUCUCUCUGCCAGAAACCCACUUGGCUGCAGCAGUUGCUAUUGCUUUGGCCUGACUACACAGUGCAGUGAGGCAAGGGGGCUGAUUCGCAUGUGGGUGACCUUGAAGCCAGAGCAAAUGAUUCUACCACUGGUGGAUGAAAAGCUUCAGCGCAGCACUCUUUCAGGGAUUGCAUUCCAGCCUCCUGAAAUAGUAGCAAAUAUAGAACAGGUGAUGCAGGAUCUUCGGUCAGAACCUUUUUACUGGAGACUUCCAGAACAGUUUGAGGGACGAAAGCUGACCGCUUAUGGAGGAAAACUGAAAUAUGCAAUCUACUUUGAAGCACGAGAAGAGACAGGUUUUACUACUUACUACCCACAAGUCAUCAUAAGAGGUGGGCCUCCCACCCAUACAAGAGUUAUUGUCCGGCAUAUGGCUGCCCCUUUGAUUGGGCAGCUGACAAGGCACGAGAUAGAGAUGACAGAGGCAGAUUUCACAUGGAAGCCUUAUGGAGAUGACUCAAGACCAAGUAGAUCUGUAACCCGGGAAGACUUCCUGAAUGUGUUGUAUGAUGUACAUUACAUUCUCAUUAAGGCUACUCAUGGCAAUAUCAUGAGGCAAAGCAGGAUUUCUGAGAUCUCAAUGGAAGUUGCUGAAGGUGGCGCUGUGUCUGGGAUGACUCCUCAGGCUCACUUGAUUGAGAAAUGCGACUGCCCAUUGGGUUAUUCCGGUUUGUCCUGUGAGUCAUGCUCUCCAGGAUUUUACAGGCUUCCAUCUUCACCUGCAGGAAGGACACCUGCUCAGCCCUUAGGUGCCUGUGUUGUAUGUCAGUGUCAUGGACACAGUACUAUGUGUGACCCUGAAACGUCCAUUUGUGAGAAUUGUCAGCACAAUACUGCCGGUCACCACUGUGAGAGAUGUGCCCUGGGAUUUUAUGGCAUUGUCCAAGGCUCUCCGGAUGACUGUCAGCCUUGUGCUUGUCCGCUAUCCGUUGCUAGUAACAAUUUUAGCCCUUCUUGUGUUGCUGAAGGAUCUAGUGAUUACCGGUGUACUGCAUGCCCACCUGGAUAUGAAGGCCAGUACUGUGAAAGAUGUUCUUCUGGCUACACGGGCAACCCACAAGCUCCAGGAGGCUCCUGCCAGGAAUGUGAGUGUGAUCGAUAUGGUGCCGUGCCUGUUCCCUGUGACCCUGUCACUGGACAGUGCACUUGCAAGCCUGGAUUCACAGGGUGGAAGUGUGUUGGCUGUGAACAUCGGCAUGCACGUGAUGGCAUGAAAUGCAUUUCUUGUGAUGAUGAAUGCACAGGACUCCUUCUCAGUGACCUGGAUCGGCUAAACCAGAUGAUCCUGAGCGUUAACCUUAGUGGGCCGCUGCCCGCUCCAUAUAGAAUGUUGCAUGGUUUUGAGAACAUGACACAGGAAUUAAAGCAUUUGCUUUCACCUCAGCAAGCACCAGAGAGACUUCUUCAGCUAGCACAAGAAAAUCUGGAUACCCUUGUGACAGAAAUGGAUGAGCUACUGACAAGAGCUACCAAGGUGACAGCAGAUGGUGAGCAAACCAGGCAGGAUGCUGAGAGGACUAACGACAGAGCGAAAUCUCUUGGACAGUUCGUCAAAGGCAUUCUCCAAGCUGCUGAAGCUGCAAAUGAAGAUGCUAUAAAACUCAAUGAGACACUCAGAACCCAAGACGAGACCUUGGAGAAGAGUCUUCCAGAACUGCAGAGUGAGGCUGACAGAAUGGUCGCAGAGUUGAGAAGCAGAGAGCUGAAUACACAAGAAAGAAUAGCUCAAGAUGAGUUAAAGCCCAGUGAGAAAAAUGAGGAUCUCAAAAAUGAGGUCCGGGACAAGCUAGCAAGCUACCACACCAAAGUUGAUGAUGCUCGAGAUCUGCUAAGAGAAGCUACGGGUAAAAUUAGGGAGGCUGAUCGUUUAUCUGCAGUCAACCAAAAAAAUAUGACCAUCGUAGAGAAAAAGAAGCAAGCUGUAGAAGAUGGCAGGCAAGAAGUUGAGAAGAGCCUGCAGGAAGGGAAUGAUGUCCUUAAUGCAGCCAACAAACUUGCAAAUGAAAUCAGCUUAGCUGUAGAGUAUGUAGAAGGCGUUGCAGAUAAGAUACAGCCAAUGUCUGAUCAGCUGAAGGAUAAAAUAGAUGACUUAUCACAAGAAAUUCAUGACAGGAUGCUUCCAGAAAAGGUGUUGCAAGCUGAGAACCAUGCAGCCCAGCUGAAUGAAUCAUCUGCAAUACUGGAUGGAAUCCUUGCUGAAGCCAAAAACCUCUCUUUCAAUGCCACACUUGCUUUCAAUGCUUACACUAACAUCAAGGAUUACACAGAUGAAGCUGAAAAAGUUGCCAAGGAAGCCAAGGCUCUUGCAAAUGAAGCUAUGCAAGCGACAUCUGGUCCUCAAGGAUCAUUGAAGGAUGGUGCCAAGAGCUCCCUCCAGAAAAGCUUCAGGGUCCUGAAUGAAGCCAAGAUGUUAGAAAAUGAUGUUAAAGAAAAGAGGAAUGACCUGGACAGCAUGCAAAACAGGCUGAAAGAUGCUGAUGAGAAGAAUUCCAUUCUCCUGAGAACUUUGAAUGAAACCUUAGGAAAGCUGUCAGCCAUUCCUAACGAUACAGCUAUAAAGGUUCAGGCAGCCAAAGACAAAGCAAGACAAGCCAAUGAUACUGCAAAUGAUGUCCUGGCCCAGAUUAAAGACCUCAACCAGAAUCUCCUGGGCUUGAGAAACAACUACAGUAAACUUGCAGAUGACGUGGCAAAAACAAAUGCUGUUGUGAAGGAUCCUAUGAAGAACAAAAUCAUUGCUGAUGCAGAUUCCAGUAUUAAAACUCUAGAAAAGGAAGCAGAUCGCCUGCUAGAUAAAAUCAAGCCAAUCAAAGAACUUCAGGAUAACUUAGGGAAAAACAUUUCUCAGAUAAAAGAGCUGAUAAACCAAGCUCGGAAGCAAGCCAAUUCGAUCAAAGUGUCCGUGUCCUCUGGAGGCAAUUGUAUUCGCACAUAUAGACCAGAAAUAAAGAAGGGAACAUACAACACCGUCAUUGUCAAUGUGAAGACUGUAGUUGCUGACAAUCUGCUUUUUUACCUUGGAAGUGCCAAGUUUACUGACUUCUUGGCCAUAGAGAUGCGCAAAGGCAAGGUGAGCUUCCUGUGGGAUGUGGGAUCUGGUGUUGGACGUGUAGAGUAUCCAGAUCUGACCAUUGAUGAUGGGUUUUGGUACCGGAUUGAAGCCUCUAGGACUGGGAAAAAUGGCACAAUAUCAGUGCGAGCUCUGGAUGGUCCUAAAGCCAGCAUUGUGCCAGCCACAUUCAGUGCUGUCUCUCCACCUGGAUACACCAUUCUGGAUGUAGAUGCUAAUGCCAUGCUGUUUGUUGGUGGUUUAACUGGAAAAAUAAAGAAGUCAGAUGCUGUAAGAGUCACCACCUUCACUGGCUGCAUGGGUGAGACCUUUCUAGACAGCAAGCCCAUAGGACUGUGGAAUUUCAGGGAUAUUGAAGGUGACUGCAAAGGGUGUGCUGUCAGUCCACAGGUGGCAGACGGUGAGGGGACGGUCCAGUUCGAUGGUGACAGCUACGCCAUGGUGAGCCGCCCAAUUCGCUGGAACCCCAAUAUUUCCACAGUCAUGUUCAAAUUCAGGACCUUCUCAUCGAACGCCCUCCUGAUGUACCUUGCUACUGAUGACUUGAAGGAUUUCAUGAGUGUAGAACUCAGUGGUGGCCAUAUAAAAGUCAGCUACGAUCUCGGUUCAGGCACAGCUUCUGUAAUCAGCAACCAAAAUCAUAACGAUGGCAAAUGGAAAUCUUUCACCCUGUCAAGAAUUCAAAAGCAAGCCAACAUAUCAAUUGUAGACAUAGACACCAAUGAAGAAGAGACCAUAGCAACAACUUCUACUGGCAGCCACUUCGGGCUCAACCUAAAAGGGCAUGAGAAAAUAUAUUUUGGGGGAUUGCCAACCCUGAGAAAUCUAAGUAUGAAAGCAAGGCCUGAAGUGAUCUUAAAGAAAUAUACAGGUUGCCUCAAAGAGAUUGAAAUUUCAAGGACACCAUAUAAUAUAUUGAGUAGUCCUGAUUUUGUUGGUCUAACCAAAGGAUGCACACUAGAGAACAUUUAUACAGUUAGCUUCCCCAAGCCAGGUUUUGUGGAACUGCAGCCUGUCUCCUUUGAUGUGGGCACAGAAAUCAACCUCUCCUUCAGCACCAAGAAUGAGUCUGGGAUCAUCUUGUUUGGCACAAGUGGCACAGUUGUUCCCCCCAGGAGAAAGCGUGGACAGACAGGACAGGCCUACUAUGCAGUGUUCCUGAACAGAGGUCGGCUAGAAGUGCAUAUCUCCACUGGGGUACGGGAUCCCCACAGAAUCACCAUCAGACCAGAAGCUGGCGAGUUUCACGAUGGCAGAGCACACUCCAUCCGGAUAGAAAGAGCUAAAGGGAUGUUCACUGUUCAAGUAGAUGAAGACAAAGGCCAGACUCAGAGAUUGCCAACAGACCAGCCCAUCUCUGUUAAGAAACUCUUUGUCGGGGGUACCUCUUCUCAGUUUCAGACUGCACCUCUCAGAAACAUACCGCCAUUUGAGGGCUGUAUAUGGAAUCUUGUCAUUAAUGCCACCCCCAUGGACUUUGCUCAACCCGUGUCCUUUGAAAAUGCAGAUAUUGGCCGGUGUCCCUCUCUAGAACCAGAGGUUAGGCCACCUGAGGAUGAAGAUAAACCAAUCCAUGAAACAGUUCUGAUCCAACCUGAAGCAGACACUAACGGGGAGAAAGAAAGACCAAGGAUGACUCCUGCUUCCCCUCCACCUCCAGCACCAUCUCUGCCUUCAGACUCAUGUGCUGCUGACACAGAACCAGCCAUUUUGGAAGGUGGCAAGCAAUUUGGUCUUUCAAGGAACAGCCACAUUGCAGUUGCAUUUGAUGACACCAAAGUGAAAAACAGACUUACAAUUGAAUUUGAAGUCCGAACAACAGCUGAUUCUGGCUUGAUGUUUUAUAUGGCCCGCAUCAACCAUGCUGAUUUUGCUACGGUUCACCUAAAAAACGGACUGCCUUACUUCAGCUAUGAUCUGGGGAGUGGAGACACCAACACAAUGAUUUCCAACAAAAUAAAUGAUGGCCAGUGGCACAAGAUAAAAGUCACUCGAACCAAACAAGAAGGAAACCUUAUAGUAGAUGAUGUUUCAAACAGAACUGUAAGCCCCAAGAAGGCCGAUAUAUUGGAUGUUGUAGGAAUGCUGUAUGUUGGAGGAUUGCCCAUUAACUACACAACCAGAAGAAUUGGUCCGGUCACCUAUAGCAUCGACGGCUGCAUCAGAAGUUUUAAAAUGACAGAAUCACCUGUUGACCUGGAUAAUCCAACUUCCAGCUUCAAUGUUGGAAAAUGCUUUGUCACGGCACAGAAAGGAACCUACUUCGAUGGAACGGGCUUUGCCAAAACAGUUGGUGCAUACAGAGUGGGAACAGACCUGCUCGUGGAAUUUGAAUUCCGUACAACACAACUGAACGGUGUUCUCCUAGGAGUCAGCAGCCAGAAAAUGGAUGGGCUGGGCAUUGAAUUAGUCGACGGAAAAGUGAUGUUUCACGUUGACAAUGGUGCGGGCCGAUUCUCUGCUAUCUAUGAGCCUGAUGCACCAGGCAGCUUGUGUGAUGGACAGUGGCACAAGGUUCUUGCAAACAAGAUCAAACACCGUUUAGAGCUGACUGUGGAUGACAGACAGGUGGACAGUAACAGCCCAAACAGGGCCUCGACUUCAGCAGACACCAACGACCCCAUCUUUGUCGGAGGAUAUCCUGAUGGUGUGACCCAGUUUGGUCUGACCACUAAUAUCCGUUUUAAAGGAUGUAUUCGAUUUCUGAAGCUCACCAAGGGUACUGCUAAACCUCAAGAGAUUAACUUCAGCAAAGCUUUGGAGCUGAAGGGUGUUCAACCACUGUCAUGCCCUGCAAACUAACUGUCAUUCAGCUGAUAUGGGUCUGUUUAUAUAAACACUUCAGAUGAAAAAAAAACUAUAUAUACGUUGCAUUCAUAAUAAAAUGUCUUUAUGC